AUGGCAAGGGUUAUACCUGAUGACAUCAAUGAACCAGAGACUUUGUCUCUCCGAGUCCGACUAGGCCCCGAAUGGGGCAUGGAAUUGCUGACACCGGGGGAUGCAGCAAUGUCCGAAGGAGUAUUGCCAAAUCAGCCAAUCGUCGAGUGGGUCCAGGGGUCUGCUAAUGUGGGUUAUCGGGUUAUCAUGGGAAAAUCGGACAUAACGGUGUUAAGGCACGGAUCAGACCGUGGCAGUGUCAAUCCCGGAAGUGUGCCACUAAGGGUUCAUAUCCACUUUGAUAAAUAUCCUUUUGUGCGGGGUGGAGACAUAGCUGCAGGAAUCGAGAGAUAUCUGCCGGGGAUGCUAGGUAGCGCCCUAGAGAACAGGAGCGACGUUCAAGGCGCGAAGCUCUUUGACUUGAACUUCCGAUGCCAAGGGAUAUUAUCAAAUGUCUCGCGCGGAAGUCUGAUAACAGCCAAUCAACGAUGGGGAAAUGCCGGCUCUCAAGGCUUCCGAAUGAGUCACAUUUUCCAAUCCGCCCUACAAUAUCCACAUAUAAGCAAGUGUUUGAUAGAACCCAUCUUGAGUGAUCUGGUCUCAAAGAAGACCUUCACUGCGACUACCGAGCGUCCCAUCGAAGUAUUUCACAUUCUCAUCUAA